UAAAGCAUGGGUGUGUGUAAGUGAUUGUGAUAUUGUGGUUUUCAUAUCGCUCUGCCUUAGUCCUCCCAUUAUGAAGUAGAUAAUUGUACUUUUCUUCUUCUCUAAAGUGUUCUCUGAUUUACAGGCAGUGAGCUAAGUGAUAUCAUUUAUUUCUCCAGCCUGUAGUAUUAGGAAAAAAAAGAAACUCUGAAGGCAGAAAAUAUGGUCCCAAUUAUAUUUAUUAUAUAUUGCAAAUAGUGUAGAAAAUGUUAAUAAAUGCUACAAGCGUAUGACAGUCAUGAAACAGUUAAAAGUCAUGGUUACAAAGGACCAAUGGCAUUCUGUAAGAACUGAGUAUCCACUGAGUAACGUUUUUAUUAAUAACUUAUAAACCCUUUACAAACUCUGUCAAUAUACCCUUUAUAUAAAGUCUGACCAAGAACAUGCUGAAUUUACUUUAUAUUUCACACGUCUUCACUGUAGAGUGUCUGCUUUGUUCUCAUCCGCACCAUCUCUUUUUUUUAAUUCAUUCUUUCAGGAAAACCCAAGGUGUAUCAAGGUGUGAGAGUAAAGAUCACAGUGAAAGAGUUAUUGCAGCAGAGGAGAGCAAGACAAGCAGCAACCGAUGCAACUGUUUCUCGAGACAGCAGCAGUGUCCAGUUUCCAGAACCAGUGUCUCCUCCCAGCACAGUCACAGCAGUUUCCAAGUUGCAUUUCCUGCGAAGAAAACCCAAGUUAUUUGGAACAACUUGUUGAGACCUAUCUUCAGACAGAGCCGCCCAUGGCCCCAUCCCUGAAUGCUCUACAGACUUCCACCCACUAUGGCCCAGACACCUUCCAGUCGCACCCGCUUGGCUUUAACCAGAGCAUGGUUCCUGAGUCUCCCACCUCCUCUGACCUAUCCAGCCCAUUAGACUAUAGUUACUCCCCCCCUCAACCGCCUCCUUUUGCUCCACUGAACUACAGCCCUCCGUCACCUCUAGACACCACGAACUACAGCCACCCUGUAGAGGAGUGUUCCUACCGCCACUCCUAUCCGCAAUACAGCUGCUCCCCUUUGGCCUGUCACUGCUCAACCUGUGCCUCCGAGCACUUGGAUACAUUCCGAGUAACAGAGUAUUUCCCCUACCCCAGUGUAAACUGCAUGGACUAUCCCGCCACCAUAGCAACGGCGGAUGACUUCUUUAGACGGGAUAGAAGUUGCGACAUCUGCUACAGUUAAUGGAGAUGGUGGUUUUAUAUGUACGUACAUACAGGUAUCCCAAUCGGCUGACUGCCUAUGAACUAUGCAAAACAUCACUCACAAAGAAAGUUCAGUUUAUUCUACAUAACUUAGUCUGGGAUUCUCCAGAUGUUAAUUUAGCUCUCAUCAGUAACAAUGUUAGGCCUAACAGCACUGCAACAGUUGUAUUUCUGUCUUGUAUUUCAUUUUUUAAAACCCUAACUUUCCGUGAACACUUUACUCAUUUUUUUUUGUAGUUGCAAAUAAAUAAUUUUGUACAGAU